CAACUGGUAACCUCUGUUUCCAUGUAACAAUACAAUCUGUACUGUACUGACAGUUCACAGUGUUACUGCUUCAUUACUUUUUCAUUACUUGUUGGAAAGGAGUGGUCAAACAUUCAACUUCCCCUUGAAAUUCCACUUUGAUUUUCAGUGACAUUUUUAAAUUGAUCUCAGUACUGAAUGGAUAUCUUCAAGAGACGAUAUCAUUCAACAGAACAACAUUAAACAGCAGCUAUGCAGAACUCAGAUCAUACAGAGGAUGACUGUAACCUAAGUAAUGACAACACAGUCAACAGCACUGACGCAGCAGGAGAGCAGCUUACGGACUUUAGUACAGAGAUUAUGAGUGUCACAGAGAUGGAACAGUCUCCUGAUAGCUCUCCUGAUGUAAAUGAGGAGAUCACACAAGAGAGUGGAAUACCAAAUAUUCAAAGUUUACACACGACUGAUGUUGAGGCUCAUUUCCCUCCUGAAUAUGAGAAGUUCUGGAAAGUAGUAGAGGAGAAUCCCCAGGAUUUCACAGGUUGGGUAUAUCUGCUGCAGUACGUAGAGCAGGAGAACCACUUGCUGGCUGCCAGGAAAGCAUUUGACAGAUUUUUCACACAUUAUCCAUAUUGCUAUGGAUAUUGGAAAAAGUAUGCAGACCUUGAAAAGCGACAUGACAACAUUAAACAGUCUGAUGAGGUGUAUCGGAGAGGGCUACAGGCAAUACCUCUUAGUGUUGAUCUUUGGAUACAUUAUAUAAACUUCUUAAAAGAGACACUGGAUCCUGUUGACCCUGAAAUUAAUAAUACCAUAAGAGGAGCCUAUGAACAUGCAGUCUUAGCUGCAGGGACAGAUUUCCGCUCUGACAGACUAUGGGAAAUGUAUAUAAAUUGGGAAAAUGAACAGGGCAACCUACGAGAAGUUACAGCUAUAUAUGAUCGUAUCCUGGGGAUUCCAACGCAGCUUUAUAGCCAUCAUUUCCAGAGGUUUAAAGAACACAUACAAAAUAAUUUGCCUCGAGACCUUCUAACUCCUGAGCAGUUUAUUCAGCUGCGCCGGGAAUUGGCGUCUGUCAAUGGCCAUAGUGGGGAUGACGCACCACCCGGAGAUGACCUUCCUACUGGAAUUGAGGACAUAACUGACCCUGCAAAGCUAAUCACUGAAAUAGAAAACAUGAGACAUAGAAUCCAAGAGAUUCAUCAAGAAAUGUUCAAUCACAAUGAACAUGAAGUCAGCAAGAGGUGGACCUUUGAAGAAGGAAUAAAACGGCCUUACUUCCAUGUAAAACCUUUGGAGAAAGCCCAGUUGAAAAACUGGAAAGAAUACUUAGAGUUUGAGAUAGAAAAUGGGACUCACGAGCGCGUUGUGGUCCUCUUUGAAAGAUGUGUUAUUUCAUGUGCCCUCUAUGAGGACUUCUGGGUUAAGUAUGCCAAGUAUAUGGAGAAUCACAGUAUUGAAGGAGUGAGACAUGUCUACAGCAGGGCCUGUACAAUACAUCUUCCUAAGAAACCAAUGGUUCAUAUGCUAUGGGCUGCCUUUGAAGAACAGCAGGGGAACAUCAACGAAGCAAGAAGAAUUUUGAAAACAUUUGAAGAGUGUGUUCUGGGACUUGCAAUGGUUCGCUUGCGAAGAGUUAGCUUAGAGCGCCGACAUGGAAACAUGGAAGAAGCUGAACACCUGCUUCAGGAAGCUGUUAAGAAUGCUAAAUCAAGCGGUGAAUCGUCAUUUUAUGCUAUCAAACUAGCUCGACAUCUUUUCAAAGUUCAGAAGAACCUUCCAAAAGCAAGAAAAGUGCUGUUGGAAGCCAUUGAGAGAGACAAAGAGAACACUAAAUUGUAUCUCAACUUACUUGAAAUGGAGUAUAGUGGGGAUCUUAAGCAAAAUGAAGAAAACAUCCUCACAUGUUUUGACAAAGCUGUCAAUGGUGCAUUGUCUAUAAAAAUGAGGAUUACAUUUUCUCAACGAAAAGUGGAAUUUCUGGAAGAUUUUGGUUCUGACGUCAACAAGCUUUUGGAUGCCUAUGAUGAACAUCAAACACUUCUAAAAGAGCAGGAUUCUUUAAAAAGGAAAGCUGAAAAUGGCUCGGGGGAACCAGAUGAGAAGAAAGCACAUACAGAUGAUGUGACGUUGGCAUCUACCCAAAUGAUGGAUGGAGACAUGCAAGCUAAUCAGGCUGCAUAUAAUUAUAAUGCAUGGUAUCAGUACAACUACCAGAAUGCAUGGAAUUAUGGACAGUAUUAUGCACCCCCUCCAACCUGAUCAGAAGAGAGACUGGAGUUCAUUGUGGUGUUUCAGCAAAGAUGGAGUAUGGAAAAUAUAUUUUUUUAAAUUAGGGAUGUGAACAAAUGAACUAUUGUAAUACCUGCAGUUUUGUCUUUUUGCAUGUGAAACGAGCCCAUGUUCACGGGGUACGUGAAGCAAGAUUUGUGUGUUGGUAGAUACAUCGAUCGCUGUACACUGCUAGUUACCAUAAAUGCAACUUUAUUUCCCACACUAACUUAUGGAAAAAUUAUCUGGAGGCUGUUUUUGUUCUGUUGUUUUGAGUCAGCAUUGCUUCAGUAGGUAUUUUUAAAUCCUUCAAGCUACAAUCUUCUUUUAAGCAAUGAGGAAAUUCUGAUGUCCAGUGUUUGUCACAGUAGCCAAUACAGGAGACGAACGGUAUGGAAAGGUCUAUGAACAUGAGCAGCCCCCUUUAAUUUUUUUCAUCUUUACCUGCUCUCCUCUUCACCAUCCAAAAACCUCAUUUCCUACCUGGCUCCUCCUGUGAAAUUUUUCAUGGUCCCAGUGAGCAGUGCCCUAAUGAGUCUGUUUAUUGCCAUGAUCAUAAUGCAUACAGGAAUGUCAACAUUUGAAAGUUGUGUAUUUUAUAUUUUACAUGGGGUCACAAAUUAAAUGUGCAAAAUGGUUGCAUCCCUUUUUUAAAAAGGCACUGAAACGAUGGUGUUUGGGGUGGAUGUUUGUAAUUUAGAAUUCUCAUGUACAAGUUGUGAGUAAACUUUUUCAUUUUGAUUAAAGUGAUCAUUCUCUUUUGUAAUAAAACCAAGGAAUUCAGUAA